AUGUGGCGUGACAACAUCGUGAGGGCGGGGUGGGGGAGUCUUGGGGGCUGGCGAGGGCCCUUGCCACAAGACCUGCGCUUGACGAAGUCAACAGGCGCUUGGAGGAUCGGCGGCGUGUGGGCCUCGCCUGCCGAGGCAGCCGUGAGGCAGAGGCAAAAUCGCCGCUCUGCCCGAACCCGCCAGGCUCUUGAACGGCCUGAUGGAGAUCAGCCAAGCGGCGCGAGGUCAAGCUGGAAGGGCGGGGCUGCGCUUGGGCGCCUGGGGUCUCGUCCUGCAAUGCCGCUUGGCGUGCAAUGGGCGCUGCAUGUCCUGGGCAUGUGCCCGAAGCUGCACCCGAUGAAUCGCCGUCAGCGUCGAGCAGUGAAAGGUGAUGCCUGCGAGUUGACCACCGAAAUGGGUUUGGAGGGCAGUUUCUACAUGAGUAUGGCUCUGUUGGCCGCGCAGGGCCUAAUUAGCGUCUAG